AUGAUCUACACGGACACCCAGCUGAAUGGGCUGCAUACUGCACAUAUCAAUGUCUAUCAAAGUUUCACCAUUGCCGCAAGGAAGAUGCACCAUUAUAUUAUGGGCUGGGGUACUGAUGUUGUGAAGAAUGCAAAAUUCCUUAAAAGUAGGUUGAAUCCGAUAUAUGUUAUCAGAUAUACCUAUAACGCAAUAUGCCACAAGUCGUGCAACAAGGUUGCACGCGAGAGCGGAGGAGUUUGCGAUCUGCACAAAUUUUCUGUGUUAUCGCUUGGGACACAUGCGUUCUACAGCGUGUUGUCGAAGAAACCUGUUUACGAUGGUUCUAUUCCGCUAAAGUCACUCCAGUUCGAGUUGUCUUUGCAUCGUAACAAACCGCUGAGGCACCGGUUUAAGCAGGUGGUGAAGGAGGGUCUUCAAGGUGUUUCUGCGUUAUAUUUUUGA